UUUUGAGUGUUCUCCAACACCAAAGAGGAGGUUUGACUUUCUGGGGGGUGAUUCUGAGACCCUAAAGUACAAAGAAGAGACACACCUAGAAGAGAAAAAUAUGACUAAAAGCAACGGAGAAGAGCCCAAAAUGGGGGGCAGGAUGGAGAGAUUCCAGCAAGGACUCCGAAAACGCACCCUGUUGGCCAAGAAGAAAGUACAGAACAUCACAAAGGAGGAUGUUAAAAAUUACCUGUUUUGGAAUGCUUUUGUGCUGCUCACUGUCACAGCUGUCAUUGUGGGUACAAUCCUUGGAUUUACCCUCCGACCAUACAAAAUGAGCUACCUGGAGAUCAAGUACUUCGCCUUCCCUGGAGAACUUCUGAUGAGGAUGUUACAGAUGCUGGUCUUACCCCUUAUCAUCUCCAGUCUUGUCACAGAUGAAGAAACUCAGUCUCAGAAAGAUUGCACAACUUCUGAGGUCUGCCUGCUAGCAAGUGGCCAAGUCUACAUUCAAACUCACAUCUGA